AUGGACGUUCAGGGUUCUGGAAGAGAAUGCUGGGAAAGUUCUCCAUGUAUGGAAAUACACGAGUCCUCUCCCCUGGCAUCUAUCGCUUAUCAUUCCCCUAAAUCGAUCGGUCUGGACUCCGAAUACAAUGGACAUGGACAAGCACCUGCUGUCUGUGUCUCCGAAAGUCCUUGUGAAUACGAUAUGAGCCCAAAUCAGGGGAAUCUCACGCCCACGGAAGAGCCCCCUGUGGAUGCGGAAUUCUCUCAAGUGGAUCUCAAUGAAUGGUACCCCCGGUAUUGGGCCUGCAUGCAACAUUUCCUCAACCAAGGACAAUACUCGCCUCAGGUGCAAGCAUUGGCCGCUUUUGUCAACAUUAGACUUCCAUAUCAGCGGUCCACCACACCGGUCAUCGAUUUUCCAGCCCCCCAAAACAUGGACUCCGGAGUGGAAGGAACCUAUAAUGCUCCUUCGUUGAGGCCAUUUAUCCGACGUCUCAUCGUGACAGGGUAUGAUACUCCAUCAGUCUUGCAGGCAUUUUUUGGCGAUGAUUGGCAAGCAGGAGUCGGCUGUGUUUGCAAACAGGAACGGAUCAAUUACUUGUUUACUGCCAAGAGUGGAGGAUGGACAUCAACCAAAGCGGCAUAUGACAUGCUUCCCGAUGAGCAGACACCAUUUCUCCGGCCCCUUCGCGAAGCUACUGAAGAGGAACUACGUAUCGCCGAAUCACGGUGGAGGGUAGAUGCGCCAACUUCUCCGUGGCUGGCUGCAUAUGUGGAUCUCUUCGCGGGUCGCGAAACACAGAUCGUGAUCUACUCAAGCCUCGAAGCCCAGGCGACGUACCCUGGCAUUGACGACGACGAAUUUGUCUCGAUUCUGCGAGCGUCCUGCGAGUCUCUGGAGCAGGCUCGUGCACAACUAUUGGCUCUACUAUCCCAUGUCAAGACGUACAUGCUACCGGACUACCUGUCAUCCAUCCAAUCGAUUGGAUCCUGCCCCAUUCCCAACAAUCUGGGCCGGGAUCCUGCAUCCAGACACUCGGGUUUGAUCCCUGCGCCGUCCCCUAGGGCUUUCCUAAUUGGUAACCUACACACGGGACUAUUUUCCUUACUAAGUGACUCGGGGGGUUAUACUCAUUCGGACCCCGUUCCAGGCCUCCGGGUUCACCGCUUCGAUGAUCCUCCAUAUGUCAAGUACCUAUUUAAGGGCCAAGACUUUGUCAUAGAUAGCUCUGACAGCUCUGACAGCCCUGACAGAGCUCCGGCCCCACUUCCAGAUGGCUUUCGCUUCACCGACAAAGGAGGCCGAAUCGGGGUUCAACCACAUCAAUACGACCUGAUACGGUUUCGCACCAGUGUUCCACGCUCACGUGGAACCUUAACCAAGCUCCCGGGAGUGACUAUUUAUUCCGAUCGUGAGACUCAGCUCCAGCCACAUUUGUCUGACAGCUCAGAUGCAGCUGAAAACUCAGCUGACCGGGCUCCACUCGGAGAAAUGCCCAUCGCGUGGGCCUUUCUAGGUAUUGAUGGCAGCUUGGCAACCCUGCAUGUUGAACCGGAGUACCGGGGUCAGGGACUCGCUUUGCAUGUCUCCAAAGAGGCCAUGCGACGAGGGAUGGCCGAGGGUGGCAUCUGGCGGGACCGCGGAGAGAAGGGCGAGAUUUUGGUCCAUGCCAAUGUACUUAAAAGCAACACGGCCAGUCGUCGAGUGAUGGAAAAGCUGGGUGGUGAUAUUGGAUGGACAUGCACGUGGACUGUGGUGGAAUACGAUAUGUAG